AUGAGUGUGGCGUCGAGGGUUGCCGAAGAAAUGGACGUGAAGCUCGGAAUUGAGGUGGGCUAUUCGAUUCGAUUUGAAGAUUGUACUUCAGAGAAGACAGUCAUCAAAUACAUGACCGACGGUAUGCUUUUGCGAGAGUUUCUGAAUGAACCUGAUUUAGCGAGUUACAGGUGA